GCCGCAGGAACAGCAGCGCCCCGGGCGGAGAGGGCCGGGGCGGCCGGUCGGGCUGGGGAUGGGGAGGGCCGGGCUCCGCACCUCUCCCGGACGCGCGUGCGGCUUCGGGGGCUCACAGUGACGGCGGCGGCGGCGCCCCUGGCCCGGCAGCGCCGAGGCCGCUUCGCCCGCGGCGGCCCGGCCAUGAGGAGUGGCCGGAGCCGGGCGGGGCCUCGCUGACCCGGGCUCCGCGCGGCGGCCUCCACCGUUUCCGCUCCGGCCUCUCGGCAUGAGUUCCCGCCCGGGCCCGGGGCCGCGGCUGCCCCAAUCCCGCCGCCCGCAGGCGCGCUCCGGGCCCGCGGGCCCGCGGUGCUGAUCCCGGCCCGCCGCGCUCGCUGCCUGCGCGCUCGCCCUCUGCGUGCCCCGGGGGCGCGGCCAUGGAGGUGGUGGGCGACUUCGAGUACAGCAAGAGGGACCUCGUGGGACACGGGGCCUUCGCCGUGGUUUUCCGGGGGCGGCACCGCCAGAAAACUGAUUGGGAGGUGGCUAUAAAAAGUAUUAAUAAAAAGAACUUGUCAAAAUCACAAAUACUGCUUGGAAAGGAAAUUAAAAUCUUAAAGGAACUUCAGCAUGAAAAUAUUGUAGCACUCUAUGAUGUUCAGAAGCUGCCUGAGGCCCAUGCCAGAUGCAGUUGUCCCAGAAUCGAAUUACCUAACUCUGUCUUUCUGGUGAUGGAGUAUUGCAAUGGUGGAGACCUGGCAGAUUAUUUGCAAGCUAAAGGAACUCUCAGUGAAGAUACUAUCAGAGUGUUUCUGCAUCAGAUUGCAGCUGCCAUGCGAAUCCUGCACAGCAAGGGAAUAAUCCACAGGGAUCUCAAACCACAGAACAUCUUGUUGUCUUACGCCAAUCGCAGAAAGUCAAGUGUCAGUGCUAUUCGCAUCAAAAUAGCGGAUUUUGGUUUUGCUCGUUACCUACAUAGCAACAUGAUGGCUGCAACACUGUGUGGGUCCCCGAUGUACAUGGCUCCUGAAGUUAUUAUGUCUCAACAUUAUGAUGCUAAAGCAGACUUGUGGAGCAUAGGGACAGUGAUAUAUCAGUGCCUGGUUGGAAAACCACCUUUUCAGGCCAAUAGUCCUCAAGACCUAAGGAUGUUUUAUGAAAAAAACAGGAGCUUAAUGCCGAGUAUUCCCAGAGAAACAUCACCUUAUUUGGCUAAUCUCCUUUUGGGUUUGCUUCAGAGAAACCAAAAAGAUAGAAUGGACUUUGAAGCAUUUUUUAGCCAUCCUUUUCUUGAGCAAGUUCCAGUAAAAAAAUCGUGCCCGGUUCCUGUGCCCGUGUGUGCUGGCUCUGUCUCUGGAAGCUCCUGUGGCAGCUCCCCACCUUGUCGCUUUGCCUCUCCACCAUCCCUUCCAGAUAUGCAGCAUAUUCAGGAAGAAAACUUACCUUCCCCACCAUUGGGUCCUCCCAACUAUCUACAAGUGUCCAAAGAUUCUGCCAGUACUAGUAGCAAGAACUCUUCUUGUGACACGGAUGACUUUGUUUUGGUUCCACACAACAUCUCGUCAGACCACUCAUAUGAUAUGCCAAUGGGAGUGGCUGGCAGACGUGCUUCAAAUGAGAUCUUGGUGUGUGGAGGGCAGUGUCAGCCUACUGUGUCACCUCACAGUGACACAGCACCAAUUCCAGUUCCUACUCAGAUAAGGAAUUAUCAGCGCAUAGAGCAGAAUCUCACAUCUACUGCCAGCUCUGGCACAAAUCUACAUGGUUCUCCAAGAUCUGCAGUGGUACGAAGGUCUAACACCAGCCCCAUGGGCUUCCUCCGACUGGGGUCCUGCUCCCCGGUACCAGCAGACACAGUACAGACAGUUGGACGAAGACUCUCUACUGGGUCUUCCAGGCCUUAUUCACCUUCCCCUUUGGUUGGUACCGUUCCUGAGCAGUUUCGGCAGUGCUGCUGUGGGCAUCCUCAGGGCCACGGAUCCAGGAGCAGAAGCUCCUCAGGUUCUCCAGUGCUGCAGGCUCAGUCACCACAGUCUGUCUUGUUGGGUGCUAGACUGCAGAGUGCCCCCACCCUCACGGACAUCUAUCAGAACAAGCAGAAGCUCAGAAAGCAGCAUUCUGACCCCGUGUGCCCAUCCCACGCCGGGGCUGGGCACAGCUACUCACCUCAGCCCAGUCGGCCUGGCAGCCUCGGAACCUCUCCCACCAAGCACACAGGAUCCUCUCCACGGAGUUCUGACUGGUUCUUCAAAACUCCUUUACCAACAAUCAUCGGCUCUCCUACCAAGACCACAGCUCCUUUCAAAAUCCCUAAAACGCAAGCGUCCUCCAACCUGUUAGCCUUGGUUUCUCGUCAUGGGCCUGCUGAAGGGCAAUCCAAAGAUGGGAAUGACCCCCGAGAAUGCUCCCGUUGUCUCUUAGUACAAGGAAGUGAGAGGCAGCGGUCUGAGCAGCAGAGCAAGGCAGUGUUCGGCAGAUCUGUCAGCACUGGGAAACUAUCAGAUCAACAAGUAAAAGCACCUUUAGGUGGACACCAGGGCAGCAUGGACAGUUUAAAUACAGAACGACCCAUGGAUAUAGCCCCUGCAGGAGCCUGUGGUGUGGUACUGGCACCUGCCACAGGAACAGCAGCAAGUUCUAGAGCUGUCCUCUUCACUGUAGGGUCUCCUCCACACAGUGCCACGGCCCCCACUUGUACCCAUAUGGUCCUUCGACCAAGAACAACCUCAGUGGAGUCCAGCAGCUCAGGAGGCUCUCUUUGCUCCGCGAGUGGCCGCGUGGGUGUGGGCUCCCCGCCUGGGCCGGAUAUGGGCUCUUCCCCGCUGGGAGCAGAGGCAGCUCCCAGCCUGAGAUACGUGCCUUAUGGUGCUUCACCCCCCAGCCUAGAGGGGCUCAUCACCUUUGAAGCCCCUGAACUGCCAGAGGAGACACUGAUGGAGAGAGAACACACAGACACCUUGCGCCAUCUGAACGUGAUGCUCGCGUUCACUGAGUGUGUACUGGACCUGACAGCCGUGCGGGGGGGCAGCCCGGAGCUGUGCACGUCUGCUGUGUCCUUGUACCAGAUUCAGGAGAGUGUGGUCGUGGACCAGAUCAGCCAGCUGAGCAAAGACUGGGGGCGGGUGGAGCAGCUGGUGUUGUAUAUGAAAGCCACGCAGCUGCUUGCAGCUUCUCUGCAUCUCGCUAAAGCCCAGAUCAAGUCCGGGAAACUGAGCCCAUCCACGGCAGUGAAACAAGUUGUCAAAAAUCUGAAUGAGCGAUAUAAAUUCUGCAUCACCAUGUGCAAGAAACUUACAGAAAGGCUGAAUCGCUUCUUCUCUGACAAGCAGAGGUUUAUCGAUGAAAUCAACAGCGUAACUGCAGAGAAACUCAUCUAUAAUUGUGCUGUAGAAAUGGUUCAGUCUGCAGCCCUGGAUGAGAUGUUCCAGCAGACUGAAGAUAUUGUUUAUCGCUAUCAUAAGGCAGCCCUUCUCUUGGAAGGUCUAACUAAGAUUCUACAGGACCCUGCAGAUAUUGAAAAUGUACAUAAAUAUAAAUCUAGUAUUGAAAGAAGAUUGUCAGCACUCUGCUAUAGCACUGCGACCGUGUGAGCACAGCAGGCUUGUCCUGUGGACCAGUGGUGGGAACAUGAAGUGACAACGUUUGGGAUUACAGCUUGGGUUCUGUCACCAUCCCCAGGAAACUGUAGAUUCUCAACUGGUGACUACCAAAGAACAAGCAGUGAUUUCAAAAAGGAAAAACAGUCCCAAAACUACAUAUUUGUAGGAAAUCUGCCUUAUUGGGAAAAUCACCUUUUCCUUUCUCUUUGUAGAAGCAGAAGCAGGAGUAUCCCACCUGGCUCCUAGUUUGAACUUGGUAAAUAAAAGCACCUUAGAAUUAGAAUUAUCAGUACAGUCAUUCUUAAGGAUAGUUAAAAAUGAAACAAAUAAGUGGCUCUUCACUCAGUUCACCAGAGCAGAGUGUGAAAUUCCACGUGUUUGCUGAGGUGUAAAAGUAAAAAUCCACAUCUCAUCCAGGCAGUUGGAUAUUUGGGACAAGAUUGUCUAACUGUGAGCAUGCAUCCUUUAAACAGUUGAGAAAGAGAUAGCUUAAGAAGCGAAAGAUGGCUCUUGGAAGAAAUUUUGAAAUCUUCAGUUUGAUCUAAUAUGCAUACAUGUUAAUCUUCCAAAAUCUUUCAUAUUGCACUAAUUUAUUGAAACAACAGUGUAUUGGAUUUUGCAAUUUAAAACUAACUGAGGCACAAUGGACUUGUUUAAAAUAUUUUACUUGAUAUACACAUACCCUUUCCAGAAUUCAAAUGUAUUCUCUAGUGAACUUUUAAAUGGUCAAAACUUGUCUUCAUGUGAACCUUUGCAUUUUUUUUUAAACCUAUUAAUUUAUGCCUACAGAUUUUCUCAGUAGUAUUUGAGUUGCUGAUUGUUUGCUUUGGGCUGCAUUUUUUAUUGUGCAUGCAGAAUGGCAUUGAUGCCUGUGACCUUAGGUUCAUUAAAGGCUAGGUUUAUUUGGGCAGUAUUAGAAAAAUAUCAUGAAUCAACAGAUACUCUUGAGAAUUUUAAUAGGGCCAAAACAAAGUUGGUGGUCUAAGGGUUAGUUAGUGGUGUGGAGUUUCUACACGAAGUUAGAGAAUGGUGAGGUUUGUUUUCUCUUAGGAAAAUGGGCAGCUCUCUCCAGCCUGAUGCAUUUUUUAAUGUUAAUCUGACAGUUUACCAAAUAGCUAGUCAAGGAGAAUGCAGACAGUUAACAUUUCUCCAGGAAUGAUCCCUAUGUUGUAUAUUAUUUGGUUUCUUUUACUUACCUGCUUGAAUACUUGAAUAAACCACGUGCCAGUUUUAAUCCUUUUAUUUUAAUCCUUUUACAUAAAAUAAUCUGAAAUCUUUGACAAAUUGAGGCUCUUUGGCAUUAAAUAUAAUUUUAGUGUACUGAUAAAACCAAAUAGAAACAGACAUGUUUUUUCUUUACUUUGACGAAGUAAUGUAAUUUUUACCUUAUUUAUCUUAUGAAAUUCCAGCAGUUAAUUUGAACAUUUAUUUAUAAGAUGUUUGUAUUUUUAGGUCUUUAAUAUGGUGUUUCUACCUCUCAUUUGUAACCGCAUGCAUUAUUCUUGAAACUAGGGAAAACUCACCGAGUUGUGUGAUAGCCUCUUUAUUACCGCCUAUACAAAUGCACAUUAAGGUAAAAUAAAACUGACAAAGUGUUUCUAGGGUACAGUUGGAUCCAUAUUGAGUAGCUUGUCAAGCCAGAUACUUCCUUAAUGAGUUUGAAGACUUGGUCAUUAAUUUCUUUGUCCUGCCUCAGGAUUUAAGAUUCUUGGUGACUGGCAUGCAGGCUUCCACAGACAUGGACUGCUGCGCAGUGAUUCCUACCCCUCCUUGUUAUUAGUGAUACUGUAUUUUGUAUAAUUUCUUAGAGUUUACAGUGCACUUUCAUUUAUAUUCUCUCAGUUAUCACCUAUAUUCUCCUCCAAGUUGUAGAUUUAUUCUGUCCCCUCCUCUUCCCUCUCCUGUCUUUUUUUUAACACAGGAUGAAACAGGUUCAGAGAAGAAACUAGGGAAGUGAUCAGGCCAUGCUUUGUGACUUCCAAGUUCAUUCUUCUUUCUUUUGUAUAGUAAAGGUCUUGUGGUAGAGGGUGUGUAUGAAACGGUGAAGCCUCAGCAGCAGAGAAGAAGAAACCGUAAACUCAUGAGUAAUGGUUCUGACUACACUUGCAUCAUCAAGGCUAACUGUUCUAAGAGGUUUUGCCUAGAUAAUAGCAAUAAUAAACACAUGCUUUAUGUUUCCGUGA